AAGUUGGACAUUUUGGUCAUACAGGGUUUUAUUAAAAUGAGUGUAACUUUCCUAGCAAAAAUUGUCCAAAGGAGUUCAGAUAGCUCAAAAAUGAGCGUCAAAAAUGAGUGACUUAUUCUGUUUUAUUAUUAUAAUGCAGAACAUAAAAGCGAUUAGUAAAAGUAAAAUCCUUAAAUAUUAAAUAAUAAUGAAAGAGAAUUUUAAUUGGAAAAAUUAAAAUUUUUCUGAUUUAAAGUGAAAAACUCCAAAAUUUUCGAGCCAAAAAUUUAUAACAUCAUCCAAAUAAUAAUAAUAAGAUCCAAAUAAAUCCAUGGAACCAAGAAAAAGGGUUUAUUUUCUAAAAUUAUUUAUCAAAUCAAGAAGUGCCCAUAAUGUUUCAAGCAAAUAUUCUCUUGGGUCAAUCUUACUCAUAUUUACUAUAAUUUUGAAUGUGAUAUCAACAACAACAGUAGAGGAAUUAUUUAGUAAUGAUGAAAGCAAUUUUCAAUUAGAAGAAGGCUUAAGUAAUCGCAUCAAGGAUUACACUUCAAAAAUAUUCAACAUAACUACAUCCGCAACCUAUGAUUUUCCAAAAAAUGAACGAAAAGUGUAUUUAUCAAAUAAUUUAUUUUCAUCGUCAUUUAUAUUUUACACCGAUGAAAGCAGUUCAAAUUUAAUCAAUCAUGACGAUAUACUGCAAAAGCACCAUAUUUUUAAAAUCGCUCGCAAUACAAACGUCACUAGGGCUCAAAUAAAUCAUGCCAAACAUAAACAUCUCUACAACUUAGACGACGAAACAUCUGCAUUUGAUGAGGAUUAUGUUUUUGAAUACGAUGACGAUAAUUCCACAUUGAAAUCGGCGAAUAACUCCACAAAAUUUACAAGAGAUCCUGGUUGCUCUUCGUGCCAACACCAUGAAAAUACUAAAAAAGAAACAUUGGAAUCGAUAAAGAAAAAUAUCUUGAUGCGUUUGCAAAUAACACAACCACCCAAUAUAACAGAUCCACCACUAGUAGUGCCUCAAAAAAUACUGGAUAAUUUCUACAAAAAUUUUAAUUAUUCAAGGAUAUCGACCCAAUCAUCCGUCUACAAACAUCCACAUUAUAACAAUAAAAUUCAUAAACCAAAAACUAAAGCGAGCGCGAAAAAUGUCCAGGACGAGUUAGUAGACGAGGAGGAUGAUGCUGAUGAUUCAAGCAGAACUCUAAAAAGAACACAUAAUGAUGACAUUAUGUUAAGUGACAAUAGAUAUGAAUUUUUCGAUGAGGAAUUUUCAACAUUUGCCUCACAAGCAGACGAAUUCUAUUCGCGUCUUCAUAGCAUUUAUGUGUUUCCAACAAAAUCGCGCAUUCAUCAUAAUCGUAAACCCGAGAUUUUUAAUUUUAAAUUCAAUAGUGAUCCAUCUCGCAUAUCGAGCACUAUAUUACACAUAUAUAUCAAAGGGCUAAAUUGGAUUUAUGAAUAUCAACCAGAUUUGAUGGAGAAAAAGAAUAUGGAAAUUUCAAUUAAAAAGAAACCGGAGAUAACCAUUUUUAUAUAUAGAGUACUUAGACGACCUAAUUCGAUGAAUUAUACACAUACAGUAAAGUUACUUGAAAGUCGGCAGAAAAUACCGCCGGGUAAAGGACAGUGGGUGGAGAUUGAAAUUAAGGAAUUAUCCACAUAUUGGACUAAAACACCAAAUUCUACUCAAAGCAUUGUUAUACGUGGUAUGGAAUCUUGGAUGCGUACUUUUAUAGUAACUGAGGAUGAAAGCAAUGAUAAAUCAUUAACAAUGCACAUAGAAAUUGUGACAAAAGUAAAAAAUCGUUACAAACGAAAUGCUGCGCUGGACUGUCGCGAAAGCGAUAAUGAAGUGCGCUGUUGUCGCUACCCCCUGAAAGUUAACUUCACAAAUUUCGGAUGGAAUUUUAUUGUUGCACCUCAACAUUUUGACGCAUACUUCUGUAAUGGAGAGUGUAAUGUCGGCUAUUUGGAGAAGUAUACACACACUCACAUAACAUCGCUUACGACAUCGGCUAAGCCGUGCUGUUCACCACAAAAGUUGAGUCCUCUUGCACUUUUGUAUUUUGAUAACAAUAACAAACUUAUGUACAGCACUAUACCAAACAUGUCCGUUGAAAAAUGCAGUUGUUCCUGAUGGGUAAUACAGAUAAGGGGCAAAUUAAAAUUAAUUCUGUUUUCGGAUAUGGCUGUAAUUUUUGUAUUAAAAAGUCCUUGUUGUGUUCUAUGGAUAGUUUGAAUCAAAACAAUAAUAGUACAGUAUGUACAUAUGUAUGUCAUUUAUUAAAUAAAAUUUAAAUAAAAAAAAUAUCUAAUUUUCA